AAAAAAAAUAAAAAUGGAAAACUUCGUUUCGAAUGCUGAUUUGGAAAAUGUAAUGCAAGAGCUAUCUCGAGGUCGGGAGCAAGCCAUGCAACUGCAGAGCCACCUCAUCAACUCGCGAUCCUCCGAAAAUUACGAUCCUUUGAUAGGGAAAAUAAUCCAUUCGUACGACCAGGCAAUCUCCAUGCUCGGAAACCGCCGUCCCACGAAUCAGGACUCGCCGAGGUCAGCAGCCAGUGACGACUCGGAUCAAGUUGAGCCCAAUAAGGAUCAUCCACCACAUGGGAGAAGAAUGAGUGCUGCAAAGUGGACACAAAAGGUGAAAGUGUCAUUGGAAAUGGGGAUUGAGGGACAAUUGGAGGACGGCUUUAACUGGAGGAAGUACGGCCAGAAAGACAUCCUCGGAGCUAAAUAUCCC